UUUGUUUCAGAUCAAAAUUGUAGGCUACAUUUUUCCCGCAGAUUGGCAACUCGGUUGGCGAGGCGCUUGAUUAGAGAUACACCAUGGCGCCAUUUUGCAAUUAUUUUACAAUAUAAAAAUUUUUUUUACAUCUUCAAAUAGGCAGUUAAAUAUUAUAAAAGUUUUAGGAACCUCAACUGCAUCAUUGUCAAUAAAAAAAAUUCAUAAAAAUCUCCUUUUUUUUAGCCUCUUAAACCAGGUUCCCCCCUUAAUGCUUCGAGAGGCAGCUGCCCAUCUCGGAACAUGUAUUAGUCGCUCUUAGUAGCCACUCUCCUCGGUUCAUCCUCGAACUUGGAAUCCUAAGAUUCCAAGUCGAGUCCAUCCCUUUGGAUCAUUGUGGCUAUCAAGCUUCUUCACACCACGACAAGGUGGCGACCAUCGCAAAAGAAAUAUUGGAAGUCUACAAAUAUUAAACGGAUAUCUGAUUAAUGGAUGAUAACAUUGCAAAGUUUUUACAACAUUGGACAUUUCCCACAUUAUACGAGAUGAGCAGCGAAAAUAAAAAAUAUGCUGUCGUAAAAUUUUUAUCGGAUUUUACAUUUUCUGAAAUUCCAACAGCCUGGUUGUAUAAAGACAAGGCUGUUCAAAAAUGGUGGUCGCCUCCACGCACAGCAAACUGUGCAACAUUAAUUACGACAUGUACAAGUCCCGAUUUUUCCACUUGAAAUUCUCAUGAAGUGGACGCCGUAAAAUUUUGUAUGUCUGUUGAGUCAGCUCGGAAGAAUGCAGCUGAUUCUAAUUAUGAUACAACUAACAAUGAAAGAUUGGGCCGAGGAAAGAGGCAACAUGUUCCAAAUCGUCGUUUCAACAGUGAUGAAGAAGAAGAAGAAGAAGAAGAACAUGUUUAUCAACCCCGAAAAUAUACCAAAACAAAACAAAUUAGUAAAGGUAUUAUUGAAGUAGCGUUACCACCAUGUCCUUCGAACUUUAAUUGUAUUAUUGAAGAUUCCAAUGUUUUAAACAAUAAUGAAAGUGACAUACAAAUAACAGCAUCAUCAUGCUCUUCAAACGUAGAAUUUAUUGAAUAUCCCAAAGUCUUAAAAGCUACCAAUGCAAGCGGAAACAAAAAUAUUAUAACUCCACAUAAUGGUAUAUCUGUAUAA